AUGCUAAGACAAUGCCUGCAACACGGAUUAAUUUUAAAAAAUAUUCAUCGCGGGGUUAAAUUUAUGCAAUCGCCUUGGUUAAAAUCAUAUAUUGAUCUAAAUACGCAACUGCGUAAUCGUGAAACUAGCGAAUCGGGCCGUGACACUAUAAAAACUAUGAAUAACAGCAUUUAUGGUAAAACUAUGGAAAACGUUGACAAACGAGUUAACGUUGCACUUGUAAGUCACUGGGAGAGGAUCGGUAAGAAGCCUGGAGCUGAGGGGCACAUAUCUAAACCAAAUUUUAAAAAUUUAUCGGUGUUCUCUGAAAAUCUCGUGGCAAUUGAAAUGUCCAAAGUAUCCGUAAAGUACAACAAACCGGUGUAUGUUGGUUUUUCAAUUUUAGAUUUAUCCAAAACAGUUAUGUACGAGUUCUUUUACGAUUUUCUAAAACCAUUAUAUCAAGAUAAAGUAUCUUUGUUGUAUACAGACACCGAUUCCCUUAUAUUGGAGAUUUUUACUAAUAAUUUCUAUGAUGACAUGAAAUUAUAUUUGGAUAGAUAUGACACAUCUAAAUUUCCCCUUGAUAAUGUACACGGUAUUCCACGCAACAUUUCAGUUGUGGGGAAGAUGAAAGAUGAAUAUUGCGGUGUCCCCAUCGCUAGUUUUUACGGUGCAGGUGCAAAGUCAUACUGUGUCAAUGUAGGUGAUCGUGUAGAUAAGAAAGCUAAAGGGGUAAAAAAGUAUGUAAUAAAGAACGGCUUAAAAGAGGAAGAUUAUAAGAAAGUAGUCGAAGAAGGUGGCGUGAUUAUGAAGCAGAUGAGCGGUUUUCGAUCUCACUUGCACACCAUGUACACAGAAAUGACAAACAAAAUAGCCUUAUCAUCAACGGACGACAAAAGAUACAUUAUCCCUGGCACCUGCAGAACAUUGGCAUGGGGACAUCGCGAUAUUAACGCAAUUCAAAAUUUGGAAGAUUUUCUUAAUUCUUUGUAA